AUGGUAUGGGUGUCCCAUCAUCUAAGGCUGUACAUGUUGAGCCAUGCCACCUGGUUGGUAUCCAAGAUGGACCCGAUCAAGUACAUCUUUGAGAAGCCCGCUCUCACAGGGCGGAUCGCUCAGUGGCAGGUUUUGCUAUCCGAGUUCGACAUGUUCUAUGUCACCCAAAAGGUGAUAAAGGGAAGUACCUUGGCGGACUAUUUGGCUCAACGGCUUCUCAAUGAUUACCAAACCAUGCAUCCUGAGUUCCCGGAUGAGGACAUUAUGGCCUUAUUCAAAGAGAAGUUAGAAGAUAAGGACAUGGACAAAUGGGUCGUGUGGUUCGACGAAGUGUCUAACGCCCUAGGCCAUGGGGUUGGGGCAGCCUUGGUCUCUCCUGACAAACAACGCAUACCCUUCAUGGCCAAAUUAGGUUUUGACUGCACCAACAACAUGGCCGAGAGUGAGGCAUGCACCCUCGGGAUCCAAGCAGCAAUUGACUUCAACGUCAAACUGCUCAAGGUGUACGGAGACUCAGCCUUGGUGAUUCACUAG